CCCGCCGCCGGCCGCCGCGCACCGCCCCCGUGCGGCGGGAGGCGCACCCUGCACCCCGCUCGGCCGCCGCCGCUCGGGCCGGGACAUCCAUGGGGCGAACGGCGAUGCGAUGAGCCCGGGCGGGAGCCGGACCGGCGGCAGCACCGCGCAGGGGCGGCGGGGCUCCUCCAUGGGGGCUCGGCCGCAGUAGGAGCGGUGUCUCCCCCGGGGGCGCCACCCGCCACCUCCCCUCCCCCUCGGGCCUCCUGAGGAGGAUGGCGACGGCGGCCGCCCCGACCCAGCUCGAAGCCGAGCUCUACUACCUGAUCGCCCGGUUCCUGCAGUCCGGACCCUGCAAGAAAUCCGCCCAGGUACUGGUGGAGGAGCUGGAGGAGCACCAGCUGAUCCCCCGCCGCCUGGACUGGCAGGGCAAGGAGCACCGCCGCAGCUUCGAGGACCUGGUGGCUGUCAAUGCACACAUCCCUCCGGAUUAUCUUCUUAGGAUCUGUGAGAGGCUUGGACCCCUUUUAGACAAGGAAAUCCCACAGAGUGUCCUAGGUGUGCAGACUUUGCUAGGUGUCGGGCGCCAGUCUCUAUUAAGGGCAGCAAAAGACUUCAGACAUACACUAUGGAAAGGAUCUGCGUUUGCAGCUCUCCACCGAGGCCGGCCUCCCGAACUGCCUGUAAAUUAUGGGAAACCACCAAACGUGGUAAAUAUAAUUUCUGCCAGGCAAUUAACUGGAUGUGGACGAUUCAGCCACUUGUUCCCAACAUCCACCUACCAACACAUGAAGAUGCAUAAGAGGAUCUUGGGACAUCUGUCAUCUGUUUAUUGUAUAGCCUUUGAUCGCAGUGGGAGACGAAUUUUUACGGGGUCAGAUGAUUGUUUGGUCAAAAUCUGGGCUACAGAUGAUGGGCGCCUGCUCUCAACGUUGCGAGGACACUCGGCUGAAAUUUCAGACAUGGCCGUUAACUACGAGAACACCCUGCUUGCUGCAGGCAGUUGCGAUAAAGUCGUCCGAGUAUGGUGUCUUCGAACCUGUGCCCCAGUCGCAGUACUGCAGGGCCAUUCGGCUUCCAUUACUUCCAUACAGUUCUCUCCAGCAAGGAAAGGAACAACACGAUACCUCACUUCUACUGGUGCUGACGGAACAAUCUGUUUCUGGCAGUGGCAUGCUAACACCAUGAAAUUUAAGGAUCGCCCUGUAAAAUUUGCAGAGAGAUCCAGGCCCGGUGUCCAGAUAUCUUGUUCGUCUUUCAGUUCCGGUGGCAUGUUCAUUGCAACAGGCAGUACUGACCACGUGAUCAGAAUUUAUUAUUUGGGCUCGGAAUCUCCGGAGAAAAUGGCCGAGUUAGAAUCUCACACGGACAAAGUGGUUGCAGUCCAGUUCUGUAACAAUGGUGACAGCUUAAGAUUUGUCAGUGGAAGCAGAGAUGGAACUGCAAGAAUAUGGCACUAUCAGCAGCAAGAUUGGAAGAGUAUAGUCCUGGAUAUGGCUACUAAAAUGACAGGAAACAACGUAGCAUCUGGGGAGGACAAGGUGACUAAACUGAAGGUUACUAUGGUGGCUUGGGAUAGAUACGAUGCCACUGUCAUCACUGCAGUCAACAAUUUCCUUCUCAAAGUGUGGAACUCGUCCACAGGGCAGCUUCUUCAGACCUUAUCUGGUCAUGAUGAUGAAGUUUUUGUUCUGGAGGCCCAUCCAUUUGACCAAAGGAUAGUGCUUUCGGCAGGUCACGAUGGAAAUAUUUUUGUUUGGGAUAUCGACAAAGGAACAAAAAUUCGCAAUUACUUUAACAUGAUUGAGGGCCAAGGCCACGGAGCUGUUUUUGAUUGCAAGUUCUCACCAGAUGGACAACAUUUUGCCUGCACAGACUCUCAUGGACAUCUGCUACUAUUUGGUUUUGGAUGCAAUAAAUAUUAUGAAAAGAUUCCAGAUCAGAUGUUCUUCCAUACGGAUUACCGACCACUGAUCCGUGAUGCAAACAACUAUGUGUUGGAUGAACAGACUCAACAGGCCCCACAUCUUAUGCCUCCUCCGUUCUUGGUGGAUGUUGAUGGAAAUCCUCAUCCCACGAGAUUCCAGCGGCUGGUACCAGGGAGGGAAAAUUGCAAGGAUGAACAACUUAUUCCUCAGCUGGGAUAUGUAGCUAAUGGUGAUGGUGAAGUAGUUGAACAAGUCAUCGGGCAGCAGACUAAUGACCAGGAUGAGAGCAUCCUUGAUGGAAUGAUCAGAGAGCUACAGAGGGAACAAGAUCUGAGACUAAUUAAUGAAGGAGAAACUCCUCCAAACCCUCCACUCAACAGAUCCCACUCUGUUAAUGGAGCUCUUCGAAGUCCAGGUUUGGAUGUUACAUCUCCACCAAACGUUGGUCUCCGGAGAAGCGGUCAGAUCGAAGGGGUCCGGCAAAUGCAUCACAACGCUCCCCGAAGUCAAAUGGCAACGGAGCGAGAUCUCAUGGCGUGGAGCAGGAGGGUAGUGGUGAACGAGCUUCCUCCAGGCAUCAGCAAGGUCCAGGAAGAAUGUCGAGCUGCUAAAGGUGAAAUCGAAAUUAAUUUAUACACUGUUGAAAAGAAGAGAAAACCAUCCCACACCUUACAGCGGAACGAUUACCAGCCAGGAAGCGGAAGGUCUUUGAGAAGAAACCAACGCAAACGCCAGCAUGCCUACCAAACGCGCUCCACGAUAGAACACAGUCAGCAAGGAGCAAGUCAAAAUGCACGUGCACGGGAGGAAUCGGACAGCUCCUCAGAGGAGGAUGAGACUGUUGGCACAAGCGAUGCAUCUAUGGAUGAUCCUGUGGCAGCUUGGCAAAGCGAAAGCAGCUCCAGCGAUUCCUCAAGUGAAUAUUCUGACUGGACAGCAGAUGCUGGAAUUAAUCUCCAGCCUCCGAAGAGACAAACCAGGCAGGCAGCUCGGAAAAUCUGUAGUAGUUCUGAAGAUGAAAACAUGAAGGGAACAAAAGGACUGGAGCCAAAACGAAGGAAACUUAAGCAGACUAGAAAAAAGAAACCAAGCGGACUGCUUUCGAUGGAGGGCGAACCUAGUGAAGAAUGGCUUGCCCCACAGUGGAUCUUGGAUACGAUACCCCGCCGCUCGCCUUUUGUCCCGCAAAUGGGAGAUGAGAUCAUAUACUUUAGGCAAGGCCAUGAAGCUUAUGUGCGGGCAGUAAGGAAAGCAAAAAUUUACAGUAUUAACAUGCAAAAACAACCAUGGAACAAAAUGGAACUCAGGGAACAAGAAUUUGUGAAGACGGUAGGAAUUAAAUAUGAAGUUGGGCCGCCUACACUCUGCUGCUUGAAGCUUGCAUUCCUAGAUCCAAUCACAGGCAAAAUGACAGGAGAAUCAUUUUCCAUAAAGUACCAUGAUAUGCCAGAUGUUAUUGACUUCCUUGUGCUGCAUCAGUUUUAUAAUGAAGCCAAAGAAAGGAACUGGCAAAUAGGGGAUAGAUUUCGCAGUAUAAUAGACGACGCUUGGUGGUUUGGAACUGUGGAGAGUCAGCAGCCUUUCCAGGCAGAAUAUCCUGAUAGUUCCUUCCAGUGCUACUGUGUUCACUGGGACAAUAAUGAAAGAGAGAGGAUGAGUCCAUGGGACAUGGAACCAAUUCCAGAAGGAACUGCUUAUCCGGAGGAGGUUGGUGCUGGAGUUCCUGUGACUCCAGAUGAGCUGACAGCUCUUCUCUACAAACCCCAGGAAGGAGAAUGGGGGGCCCAUUCCAGAGAUGAAGAAUGUGAACGGGUGAUCCGGGGGAUUGAGCAACUUCUUUCCCUUGACAUUUCUAAUCCCUUUGCUGUUCCAGUGGACCUUAGUGCCUAUCCCAUGUAUUGCACUGUUGUUGCUUAUCCAACUGACCUCACCACGAUCAGGAGGAGACUUGAAAACAGGUUUUACAGGAGAAUCUCUGCGCUGAUGUGGGAGGUACGAUACAUUGAACAUAAUGCCAGGACUUUCAACGAGCCAGACAGUCCUAUAGUCAAGGCAGCCAAAAUUGUAACAGAUGUCUUACUUCGCUUCAUUGGGGAUCAGAGCUGUACUGAUAUAUUAGAAAUCUAUAACAAGGUGAAAGCAGAAGACCUAAGCAGUACUGAUGAAGAGGAGGAGGUGGCAGAAGUAGAUGUAGAUUCAGACGCUCCAGGAACUUCCUCUGGAAAAAGACGAGUAAGGCGGCGAAUAAAAAGACAGCCCAUGAAAGCAAGUCCUGAUGCUUGGAAAGAGCAAUGCAAGCAGUUGUUAAACCUGAUUUACGAAAGAGAGGACUCGGAGCCUUUUAGGCAGCCAGUUGAUCUCUUCUCCUAUCCUGAUUAUCGAGAUAUUGUAGACACCCCUAUGGACUUCAGCACUGUGAAAGAAACCUUGGAAGCAGGAAACUACACUAGUCCCUUGGAAUUCUACAAAGAUAUUCGUUUAAUAUUCUGCAACUCUAAAGCUUACACUCCUAAUAAAAAGUCUCGAAUUUACAGCAUGACACUUCGACUCUCUGCCUUAUUUGAAAAUCAUAUGAAAAAUAUCAUCUCCGAGUACAAGUCAGCAAUGCAAUGUCAGAAGAGGAAAAGGCCACGGUACCGAAAACGGCUAAGAAGCAGUAGCAGUUCACCAUCAACUAGCAGAGCAUCUAGCCCAAAAGGGAAACAGAAGCAAAUGAAGAUUCAACCUAAACCCAACCAGAAUACCUCACUCCCUUUGACCAGAACUAGUUCUUCAGUUUCAUCUCAUGUUUCAGAUACAGCAGAAGAACCUCUGGGUUCAGCCACUGGUGAAGAGAUGGAAGGCCAGCCAUCUUCCUCAGGCUCAAAUGCACAGAACCGAAGUGGAAAUACCGUUGAUCCAGGGAAAAGUAGGCCAAUCAGGAGUAAAUCUACACCAGUGAAACAAGAUCACUCUCCUGAUGGACCACUUACAAAUGGUGAUGGCAGAGAACAUCGGACAGGAGUCAAGAGGAAGUUAAUAAGUGCAUCAGAAGACGACGAGCAUCUGGAGGAGGCGGAGGAAGAGGAAAAGAAGAAGAGAGAAUUGAAGGAAAAAUCUGGUUUAUCUUCAUCAGAAAGUGGGGAAUCGGGAUCCAGUUCAAGUUCUGAAAGCAGAAGCGGCUCCGAUUCAGACUCUGAAUCAACAUCUAGGACAGAUCAGGAUUACAUCGAUGGAGACCAUGACUACAGCAAAGUUGUGCAAUCCAAAAAACCCAAACGAAAAAUCAAACGAAAGAUCACCGGUGGGAAGCGGAAUUGGCAGGGCAGAGGGACAGGGAGGAGAGGUAGAUGGGGGAGGUGGGGGCGAUGGAGUAGAGGGGGAAGAGGCGGUAGAGGCGGAAGAGGCUGUGGCAGAGGAAGAGGUGGCGGCAGGGGAGGAAGAAGAGGCCGAGGAGGCCGAGGAGCCUCGCGAGGAGCCACCAGAGCGAAGCGUGCCCGAAUUACAGAUGACGAAUUUGAAAACCUGUUUGGAGGACAGUUUGGUGAAAACGUGUUUGGAGGGCGAUUCAGUAGACCGCCUCGAAUCAAGACACGGAACGAGGGCAGGAGAACUGUCUUGUACAAUGACGAUUCUGAUAAUGACAAUUUUGUGCACACCGAGGAUCCUUUGAACCUUGGUACUUCCAGGUCAGGCAGGGUGCGGAAAAUGACAGAAAAAGCCAGGGUCAGCCAUCUCAUGGGAUGGAAUUAUUGACAGAUGAAAAACUUUGGAACAAUUUUAAAAGAACUUCAAUGGCCUUCUACUGCAGGGAUUUUACCAGAAAAUCUACCAAGCAAGUUGUGCGGGGACUCCACUCACGUUUCACAGUGGUGCUUUUCCAUUACGUCAGUUUGCGUUUGUUUUGAAACUUCAGAUCGCCACACUUCAUUGGUCAAAACUAGCCUUAGUCAUUAGGCCUUAAAUUGCAGAAAUUCUUCCCCACACACUACGAGUUCAUCACAUUAAAGAGGCUUCCAGCUUCUCAAUAAGAACAUGACAUUUUGAGUCACGAUUAUGACUUCUCUCCCUUGUUUUGUUUUUGUAUUAUAGAAAUAGCACCUUCUUACAGAGUUUUUAUGUGGUUUCUGCCAUAAAUCCUUAUACACAGUAAUAAUUAUAACUUUUGCACAAUACACCAAUCCUAAAGGCAGCUAUAAAAUGUUUACAGUUUAUAUAUUGUAAGAAGGAUCUGGAUUAUUUUAAUCUUCCCAGGCCAAACGUUCAUGAAUUGUGCUGAACUGAAGUAUGUCUAUACUACAGUUGCGGGGGUCCUGAUGUGCUUUCUAUCGGUUCUUUAUUCGUGUAAAAAGUGACAAAGGGUUGGUGCCUUGUAAAUAUGUAGCAAACCUUUGAUGUGGUGUGUCCUAUGUGUGCAUUAACUUUAUUAAAAAGAGAAUACUUGAGAAGUAUGAAUAUCUAGACAAAAGGUGCCAAAUGCAAAAGUUACUUGCAUCUAUUUUCUUUUUGUCCGCUCAUAUUUUUAUAGUAUUAAUAGAGAUUGUGCAGCUAAGGGGUAACUUCAACAUUUGAAAGGUUCCUCCUCUUCAAAGCAUAACGUGAUUUUUAAUAGUAGCUCAGCUACCUCUAUUUACAACUACUGGAAGCUUAAAAGAAAAUAGAUGCUAUUAUUCAGUACGUGUUGAAGAAGAGGCAAGAAGGAGCGUAGAGGGAUGGAGUUGCUUGCGAAGUUGUAGAGUAACUAUAUCUCCAUUAUAUUGACACAACGAAAACAAAAUCUAAGUAAUUCUCAGAGUUUUCAGAAGCGUAAGGUUCUCAGCAGCUGGUGGUUGGUUUGUGCGGAUAGGCUGACUGGCUCCCGCGCAUUUCUGCUGCCACGUGCUCGGUGCAAAUCUGCGUUUGGUUUAAUUUGUCCCUUCCUUGAGGGCGAUGAGGGGGCUGAACGGAGCGCGGGUACCUCUGGUGGCUGGCAGUACGGAUGGGCUCCGGUUCACAUCCUGCAGGCGGGCUCUUGUAUCUCAAGCUUCCAGAAGAGAAUUCGUGUUGCACUGUACUCUUGUCGUCCUGAAAAGUGUUGAAACCAGAAAUUGUUUUGGUAGUUUUAGUACAGUAUGUGGCGACGUUUGUAGUCUUGCUCCUCGGUGAACAGAAACAGGUGUUUGGCAUGAGCAGCCUCUGGCUUCGUAGGGUCUGGCUGGAAUAUAUAUGGGACUUCAGUUUCCUCCCCUUGUCUAAAUGAAUCUGACAGUUCUAGCUUGGUUAAGAGAGUGAGUUCGAUGACGCAGAGAGAGCAAACAAAAAGACUAGAAAGUUUUGGUGGAGUUUUUCAAGAAUAUAUAUAUAUACUUUAAAAAACAAACAAACUUUCAUCCAAUAUCCUUAAAUUCUUCUGUGCACAGCUUGGUCAAUAAUUCUGGAAAACCUCAGGCAGCAAAGAGUGACCCAUGUAUAUUCUCAGAUGCAGAAGGAAUUUAAUUUUUGACUUUCUAUAUUAAGCACUAGCUAUUUUAUCUCGCUUUCCAAAAAUUCUAGUUAGAUGCGAAAUGACUUGAAAAAAUGCAGAGGUUUAGUUUUGUGAUGGAGGAGAGUAUAUCCGAAAUUGCUCAGAGCAUUAAUACGAGUUUAUGGUACAGUACAAAAAUCACACUUUUAAUUUUUUUAAGAAUGUUUUGAAGGGCCGUAAUCAGUUUCUGGAUUUGAUUCAGUUGCGUUUUGGUGGGGGAGGUGUAUGGAAAGUGCAGAGGCUCUCCUAGUUCUGUACUGGGCUUUAAAAUAUAAACACCUGUCCUGUCAUCUCUCUCAUAUAUAUGUAUAUAUAUAUACACACUUAUAUAUUUAUAAGAAAUGUGUUAUUUCUUUGACUGGUUGGUCCUUCUACAUAUGGUAACCAGGAAUAGCAUGUAAGCAUCAGUCCAUAGUCAGAAUCAUCCUCCUUUUAGAUCAGUCCUGUUGAGCUAAUGUAAACACUAUCGUUUCUGUUCUAAAGCCUGAAAAAUCUUGAAAUGCAAAAGAAAUGCUUUUCAUAUAUUUCUGACGGGCCGAAGAUCCACUUAUUUAUUUUGUGUAGGGGCUGGGGAGAGAUAAAACACGUGGAUUCCAGAGAAAUCGCUUUAUAAGUUUGUGCAUUUUAGCAGCAAUUAGAAUAAUACUUAAUCUGUUCUUAAAUGUAUCUUUUCUAUGUAAUGAAGUACUGUGAAGAUAACAGUGAAGCAUCACUUUGCUGUGGCGUAAGUAUUAAUCAAAAGUGUUCCAUGAUUAAGAGCUAGACAGCAGGGUGUGCUACAACAACAGAACUAUUGCUUCUUGUAAAAAAAAAAAAAAAAAAAAAAAAAAAGAAGAAAAAAAAGCUUUUUUUUGUGCAUGAGAACGUUUUUUAUAAGCAUGAAAGAAAUAACUUGGGUUUAGAGACGUUAUUUUUACUUGCUUUUGUAGCCGGAUUCUUCCUCUGAGUUAGGCGAUCGAUUUCUCAUAGCCUCCUUCUGUGGAAUAGUUACAAUUUUGUAGUAACUUGGACACUUUCUCUCAAAGCCCGGGUCCUGUUAGGAGCCACUCAUAGUUGCAGAAAACUUUGUAUCAGCCCGGCAGCUGCAGCAGAAGCGGUAAAAUGACUUACACCUUGUGCCGUCGCGCUGCCUGACCCAGGACCUGGGUGCUUCGCCAGCACCUCGUGAAGUUGCCGAGCUCCUGCCAGGCUGCACCGCCCCGUGCGUUGCAGAGUCACGACCGUAGUCUCUCUCCUUGCACUUUUAACCAAAAACUCCCAAACUCUGCCCAAGAAGAGGGUUUGCAGGUCUGGUUACGGAUCCGAUUCCUGCAGGCUAACAAGGCGUGCAGGCAGGCCAGGGGUUCUUCUGUUGCUGUAGCAUUAAUUCUUGGGCAUCGGUGCUUCAAAGAUUUCUCUAGACGUGCAGUCUUGCGUGAUCCCUUCCCGAGUCGCCGGGGGACUCGAGGGCAUUCAGAGACACCUUGGAGACCCAGGGCUCGCGCCCCGAGGGGCUUCGCUGGCAGCGGAGCGCGAGCCCCACGCGCUCCGUCCUCUGGGGGGACGGGGCUGACAGUCUUGUGGGCAUCUGUGUUCUCAGACUUCUCCUGGCUGCAAACCUGCCGCUGCCGUAGCGCUCCCGCUUCUUCCCGGGCCAGGGCACGCGUGACGAAGCCGAUUUUGCAGUAGCGAUGUGCUGUUGUCUCAGUUCAGCCCAAACUUUGCCUGCUUUUUAUUUUCUCUAUCGCCUUUUGGCUUUCUCUUUGCCAUGCUCCACCUCUCCUCUUUAGCUUCCCAUUAUUGCCCCUGUAGGUUCGUUCGGGUGCUCUUUCGGAAACAUCUCGAUGAUCUUUAUUUCGUCUAGAUUUAAUUCUUUAUUAAUCCCUCUUUUCCCCCAAGACUUUCCAUAUUCGUUGUAUCUGCCUUUGCUAGCAACAACCCCCAACCGCUGGAGGUGGAUUUAACGAAGACGGAAAGCUUGAGGGCUGCUCCGCGCCCCCGCGGCCGCCCGUACCCCGAGGGGAGACGCUGCCGGCUCAGCACGUGCCUCCCCGUGCCCCGGUGCCGGAGGUGGCGGGGCCGCGGGGCUGCUCCCAGCGCGGCCCUACGCACGGCUGCGUAAGCCAGCGCUCAGCUCCGCCUGGCGCCCCUCAGCGCGUGUGCUCCCUUCUGCUGGAUUACUCCUUUUAUUCUUUUUUCCCCCCUUUGCUGUGUGAAUAGCAGUUGAUGUAACCCUCGUAGAAGUCGCGUGCUUCCAGCCUCACGAGAUACUUCUGGUUUAAAUAACCCGUGAAACUUUUAUGCCGGUGCUUGAACUUCGCCGGGUCUCGGCAGUUUUAUCGCUCCUCUCUCUCUUUCAAGCGCUCCUUUCUCCAUAAACUGAGCAGAGGCCACCCCCUUAUCGCAGUCGCCCCCACCCUGCAAAUAAACAAGCGAAAUAGAAUCGCGAAGAAGUAAUUGGUGGAGGAUUUUUUUGGGCCGCCUAAAAUUUUGCGUCCUGUUGCGCCUUUUAAAUUUCCCUGAACGUUUUCUUAAAUGUACGCCUCGGCUGCUUCUCCUGCACGAAGGCAGGCAGGCUGCGUGGUCCCAGAGCACUGAAAAGGUCUGACACCGGGUGCAUAUAAACAGGGUUUUCAAGUAAUUAAAAAAAAAUAAAAUAUGGAAAGACCGACGCCCAUGUAUUUGCUCUUGAUAAUGUUUGGAGGCUCUUUUGGCUGCAAAAAGCAAGGUGAACCUCGUCAAGCGAUUGAAAAGGCGGCUCCUGCGUGUCUCUGGGAUAGCUUUUGGCAACCGUUCAAAAUCACACAGUAUUAACGUGAGACAAUAAGUUUAAAUCACUAAUUUUUGAUAAGAACUUGAUUAAUACGUCAUCUUUAAUCUGAGAGCAGUGAGUGAGGGAAAAUUGAGUAGCUGUAGGUGUAAGGGUAUCUUGUCAGCCCUGACUUGGAGUGUCCUGCUGUCGAUGGUCCGUGUCAUGAAUUCAGUGUUUUAAACAUGUAUUUGUGUGUUUACAUUUCUUGAUUUUAUUGUCGGGGUUGUUUUGUUUUUUUUUUUUAAAAAAAACCGUCAUGCAAAGUUUCCUAAAAUGCUAAUUCUUUACACGAUAGACUGAAGGAGCAGUUAACAAUCCAAGGAUAAAUCUAUAUUUAGUAUUGUAGGGAGCUGUCAUUGUGUUCUUACAAGUAUGUAUUAUAGAAAAUUACUGCGCAUGUGCGAUAGAUAAUUUUCAAAUAUUAGUAUAUCGGAGGUUUACGCAUUGAAAAAAAACAAACUCCUUUAUGUACAGUAAGUAACAGCCUGCAAAAUUUAGUCUAAAAGUUGUCUUUUUUAGUAUUAGAAAUGCAAGGACCUGUUGGAAGCUUGUACAUUUUGAAUAUGUCAUGUUCAGCCCACAGCAAACUUACGCAACUGUGCUAUGAAUCCCUGAAAAAUUAGAUUUCCAGUGGAAUUGCUGUCACAGCCUUAACUCUAGCGUUAUAAAAAUGGUGCUUAAAUACACUUAUGUGCAUGGGUGUGGGUACCUGGUAAGGGUUUGUCAGAAUCUAAAGCGAAAGCGAGCGGCUCGGUGCUGCCCUUGCGGGCGCACGCUCGUGGCAGGUAACCGCAGCCGCACUCGGGAGUUGACAGACGUGUAAAUAUUUGGGAAAUAUUUAAACCGGUGGACGAUUAAGAGCAGUUUUGGGGUUGUCAGUUGGGGAGCACUGCGUAUCUUCCCCAUUUCGGGGUGCGAGAGAAGCAGCCGGGGUGGUGAGAGGAGCUGCUGCGGGGCCGGGGGUCCCGCGGGCCUCGCGGCGGCGCCGCUCCGUGGCGGAUAAGAUCAAAAUCCUCCGUGUCUUUUCCUAAAACUGCCUCGGAUAUACUCGGAUAUACUCGGAAAUCAAAGUCUGAUGAUUAUUUUUCUGUAGAAAUACUAAUCUAGGCUAUUCUUUCCUCCAUGGAUCGUUAUAGCAGACUUCAUUUAGAAAUACCAGUUGAUGUCGGAGCAAUGAAAUUCACGUGAUUUAGGCUCUCCAGUUCAUGGUCUGGAUGAUAUAAAAUACUGCAAAAAUGCACAAAACUAUUAGAAUUAUGUCUACUUUCUAUAUUGAUUUUUUUUUUCCAGGUGAUAUUUAUGCCCAUAUCUUCACAUCCGCUAUCUCAGGUCCCUUUAAAUGAAUACUUCAGGGAUUUUGAUGCCACUUGUUGGCAGACCAAAUGUAAUAUUUAUAUGCAAUGAGCUGUUAGUUUUUGUAUUGUACAAAUGUAAAUUUGUAAAGAAUUUUUUCUAGAGUUUUUUUGAAGUCACUUAUGUAAUCUAGGAUGUUUCAUUUUCCAGCUGUGGGAUUGUCUUAAUAAAAAAAAGAUAAACUCUGA